UAUAAAUAUCUUUUAAAAUAAUUUUUUUGUUAACUUGCAAUCAGUACUAGCAUUUUACAAACCAAAACCCAAAAAGUUGUAUAAUGGGAAAACCAAAUAGUAAAUUAAAACCAACUGAUAUUUUGGAACUUAGAGAGCAGACUGAGUUUACGGAAGAAGAACUUAGUGCGUACUACAAAGAUUUUUGUAAAGAGUAUCCAAGUGGCUCGCUUACGUGUGACGAGUUCAAAGAAAUGUACCAGCGUUUUUUUCCUGACGGAGACGCUAAUGCAUUUGCUCAACACGUGUUUUCCUCUUUUGAUGAAAAUGGAGAUGGAAAAAUUGAUUUUCGAGAGUUUGUGUGUGGUUUAAGUGUCACUAUUCGAGGAAACAUAGAUCAGAAAUUAAAAUGGGCAUUUUCAAUGUACGAUCUAGAUAAAAAUGGGUGGAUAUCGGAAGAUGAAAUGUUAGAAAUAGUUAGUGCUAUUUAUAGAAUGCUAGGUACAAAGUCAUUUCAAGAUACACCUGCGCAAAAGGUUAAAAAAAUGUUUUCUGCAAUGGACGUUAAUAAAGAUGGUAAACUUACUUUUAAAGAAUUUUUAUGCGGCUUUAAAGCCGAUCCUUCUCUUAUAAAUCUGCUCAGCGGUCGAAGUUAAAUAAUGGUAACUUUGCAACCUCAACUCAGUGAAAAUGCAAUGAAGUAAAUAUUGUAAUAUUUGAUAAUCAGAAAAUGAAAGAU